AAAUAUAGGCAAGUGAUAAGGAGACAGAAAGCUAGCUGCCUUGGUUAAAAAGGACACACUGUAUACAUUCACUGAAAUAUCGGCACAUUGUAUCCCACUAAUACAUACAAUUAUUAUGAAUUUAUUUUAAGGAGAGAUAGAGACAUACAAUUGCAAUAAUUAUCUGGUCAGGGAAAUCCUGGAGAACGAGAGCAGGCCCUGUAUGGGACAGCUGAGUAGGGACAUCCCAGGCAGAGCUUAGCAAGGAUAAGGGCGCAGAGGCAGAAACAGAUGGCAACACAGUCUGGAGGGUGGUCUGAAAGAGGAGGUCAGCACUCAGUGAGACUGGACCAGAUCAGACCAGACUUCCAAACGGAACUGUGGUUAACUGCUGGACAUUGUGUUCCAAAUCAAAUUGUGUAUCCUCUGGGAGGGAGGACUCAGUGGAUGAUGCUUCCACCCUGAUUUCUUGGAGCUGGAAAAGGUAGGGGACCAGCCUAAGAAGCACCCAUGGGUAUGGACACCAUCUUUACACCAUUCUUUUUCUGGGUGGUGGCAGGGAGGUGACCCAAGGGCUAUGGUCAGGGUAGAACUUUACAGGUGGUAUAAGUAGCUAGCAUUAAAAUGAGACACACAGCUCCCACUGCAGCAAAGUCACUUGGGAGAGUAGGUCAUUGGCUGGCUGUGUUGCCACACUGAACUCUCCAGCGUCCUACCAGAGAGAGGUGCAAAUCUAGACUUAGAAACAAAGUGUUUUCCAUAGGCUAGGAGGCCAUCAAUUUCAUCAAGUGUCUGUAAAAGGCAGGUAUGCAGGACUAAGCUGUGGGGAGAUUUGGGAAAUGUAUGGAGAAGACAUCUCUAACUUGUUAACCUCCAAGAUGGCCCUCUUUCCUAUUGUGCAGUCAAUACCCCUCUCUCCUGAGAAAAGAAAUUAAUAAAAAACCACCAUCGCCACCACUCACAUAACAGGCCGCACAAAGCUUAGGAGUUCACUCCUGCUGACAAAGAAUGGACGUGCUCUUGCCUGCUGAUCUGAUGGUACAGAAGGCAAUGUUCUUACCUGAACUUACCUCCAAGGAGAACUAGCUUUGAGACCUCUCAGGAACAUUGUUUAAAUGCACCUUUCCAUUUAAAAAGAAUGCUUCAAAUUAAUGUUUGAAGUCAAUUGACAAGCAUUUAGUCGGUUUGAGUCUCUAGGUGUCUCAGCGUGGAGACUGGACUGGAGAGCCAGACCAUGAAGACUCUGGAAUAUACAUGGGUGUGGGCAGGACAGGGAAGCCCUUAGGACUGUCAAGGUGGAUGAUCUGGGAAAAGCACCAGUUCCACAAGCCUGCUAACCCAGGCUCGAUUCCCAGAAACCACGUGAAAAAGCAUGAUGCCGUGGUGCUCAUCUGCAACCUCAGAAUGCCUUAUGGCAAGACAAGAGUGUGGUGGCCUCGGGUUUGCUUUUAUUAAUAAGACUCUCUAAGAUUCAUGCUACACAAGAGACAGGAGAAUUGUCCAGAAACUUGAGGGCCCACUAGCCUGGAGCAACAGACCAGAAACAAAAAAACCCUGCCUCAGAGACAAGGCAGAGGGAGAGAACUGACUCCUCCAAAUGUCUCCUGAUUCCACACACAUACACCACAGUAGUAAUAUUCAAUAAAGACAUUGUAAAGGGAUUUUUAAAGAUGCAUUUGGGGACCAAAGAAGGUGUAGUCUGGCAGUGCACUUGCCUGGGAAGGUGUAGCUUGGUGGUGCAGCACACUUGCCUAGCUGAGUUCUAUUUUUACACCCCAAAAAACCUGCACUUGUAACUUUCAAUACAGAAUCCACAGAGUCCUAGCUGUAUGACUUUGGGCAAAUUACUGCUUCUCUGUGCCUCAUUUUCCCUAUGGAUAAAAUACUGAGGAAAUGUGUUGUAUUUACAUCUGUGGCCACAGAGCGUCUGCUUCCAGUCAUAGUAAUGAGCAUAACUGCAUAAGAGAUGGAUGGACAUAGGCACACACAGGAACCUGGAAGUUAAAAUGUUUACAGUGGCUUAAGGAGAGAUGAGGACGGCAAAUUAGUACCCAUCUCAUUGGAAGACUUAAUUUACAUCAAGUACCUGGGCUGGGGCCUGAUACGCUGUAGGUGCUCCAGGUACUAAGCAGUACCUUGUUUUAGUACUGAGUUUUGUUUUGUAUUUUUAACCUGGUGUUACCCAGGGCUACACAUGGUCUGUAAAGAGUCCAAGGCCAAUGUUAGCAAGAACAGUUGCAGCAUUCCUGUGCUUAUAGAGCACAGCCUUCAUAGACUCAGUUCUCAGAGGCUUAUGUUCCUACGCCUGAGAGACUUUGAGUAACUAAGCAAUCAUAUAGUAAACUGAGGCUACAAUGACCCGAGGAAAGCCCCAAUUAGAGAGAGGGGUGCCCUGCUUUCCCCUGAUGUCCCCAGUGUGACCCUUUAUUACAACACUAGAACUGUCUAUCAGCAUUUCCACUAAUGCAAAGGGGAAAACACAGGCCUGGGCUUCAUGGAAAGUGUUCUGAUUCUCACAACCAGAAUUCCUGCCUUUAGAAGGGGGUGGGGGUAGAUCUUUAACUUUUCCUUUAGCAUUUCAGAACCCAACUAUUUGAAAAGCGUCUUUUCUGAGGAAUGGUAUUUCCUGGCAUAAAACAGUCUUUGUCAAGUGACUCAGACUGAUUAUUUUUCAAUAUCAAUUGGCCUCAACUUUACAGAGAAAAAGUGGGCACUGGGUAUCAGUUUGAUGUCAGGGUUUUUCCCGGUUUGAAGAGCUUUAAAUAUGGCUAGCCUGGAAGGUGCCAGUAGGUUGAGCUCCAGACUCCUGCCAAGAUGUUUGUGGCCUCCAUCCUUGCCUCUGCCCUGCUCUUCGGUUCUCUUGGUUCUGUGCUGGACCGGAAAUGCAACACCACAUGGGUGAUCAGAGACACCAGUUUCCUUAUUGAGAAGCUGCAGGGAGACCCAGCCUCAAAAUGCAGUUGCAGCACCAAUGUAACCAGCUGCUUGUGUCUUCCCAUCCCAUCUGAUGAUUGCACCACACCGUGCUUCCAGGAGGGCCUGUCACAGGUGACCAAUGCCACAAGGAAAUCCAAAUUCUUCGUUUUUUUCUCUCGGGUGAAAAGGACAGUUGAAGUCCUGAAGAGUAACAAGUGUCCGUUUUUCUCCUGUGAAAAGCCCUGCAACCAGACCACGGCAGGCAACACCUUGUCAUUUCUGAAGAGUCUCCAGCAGACGCUCCAGAAGGCAGGGGAGCAAGCGCCGAAACGCCGAGCAUGA